AUGGACUCACCAGUAAAAAAACCAAAUUCUGGUGACCAAGAACCUCAGUGUUAUCAAAUUAAGACGAGAAAUUUGUCCUACAAACUGCCUACAAGAUAUGGUGAGCAGUUCAAUUGGCUUGGCUGGGAGGGGAAAAGGAGGGACAAUGCUAGGUGCAUUUUGAAGAAUGUAAAUUGUGAAGCUAAAUCAGGAGAGCUUACAGCAAUUGCUGGUCCAAGCGGUGCUGGAAAAACCACAUUGUUGGAAAUUCUUGCUGGAAUGAUUGUGCCGUGUACAGUCUCCGGUCAUGUUCUUGUCAAUGAGUUGCCAAUGGAUGCAGCAUAUUUCCGAAGGGUGUCGGGUUAUGUGACACAAGAUGAAGCUCUUUUCCCCCUUCUUACUGUUGAAGAAACACUUACUUACAGUGCACGUCUAAGGCUGUGCGGGGGACGUGAAAAGGCCAAAAUUCGAGUCGAAAUGCUGUUGAAGGAGCUUGGGUUGGAUCACAUUGCUGGAGUGAGAAUAGGCAGUGAAUCAAACAGAGGAAUUUCAGGUGGCGAGAAGCGUAGAGUAGCAAUAGGGGUGGAUUUAGUACACGAUCCUGCAGUUCUUCUACUUGAUGAACCCACAUCAGGACUUGACUCUGCAUCGGCUCUUCAUGUAAUGUUGCUGCUUAAAUCCAUGGCCAAGAACCAAGGUAAAACCAUUGUGCUAACCAUCCACCAACCCGGAUUUCGAAUUCUCGAGUUAAUUGACCAAGUUAUAUUGUUAUCCAAUGGUGUUUCCCUUCACAAUGGUUCCUUGAAUCUCCUAGAGGAGCGGAUUCAGUCUGCAGGCCAUUGUAUCCCUCGACAUGUCAAUAUGCUUGAAUUUGCCAUUGAUGUUAUAGAGAGCCUGCACAAAGAAGAAACCGAUAUCGAAAAAUGUGAAAUGGAACAAGAAUAUGAUCACGUCAUAGAAAACUCCCUCUUUGAUCAAAUGGAAGGAAAUCAUAUCUUAUACUGCAAUUCUCCAAUCAAAGAGGUACUGAUCCUCAGCCAGAGAUUCUUCAACAACAUUAUCAGAACUAAACAACUUUUCGCAGCAAGGACAAUCCAAGCAUUGCUAGCUGGAAUCAUAUUAGGGACGAUUUUCAUGAAUGCUUUUAAUACUUCCAAGACUCUGAAACUGCAAAAUCAACUAGGUUUCUUCGCCUUCAGCCUGACCUUCUUGAUGUCAUCGACAACAGAAGCACUACCAAUUUUCUUGCAAGAAAGGAGAAUUUUAAUGAGAGAGACAACGAGGGGAGCCUACAGAGUCUCUUCUUACAUAUUAGCAAACACACUGGUAUUCCUUCCUUUUCUACUUAUAGUUGCCGUUCUCUACACUACCCCGGUUUACUGGUUAGUCGGAAUGAGACACGAAUUUGAUGGAUUCCUCUAUUUCUCUCUAGUGGUUUGGAUGGUUGUCUUAAUGUCAAAUUCUUUCGUAGUCUGCUUCAGUGCAUUAGUGCCAAAUUUCAUCAUGGGAAUGUCAUUGAUUGCUGGAGUUAUGGGCUCAUUUUUCCUCUUCUCAGGGUACUUCAUAUCGAAGGAUACCAUACCCAAGUACUGGAAUUUCAUGGAAUACUUGAGUCUGUUCAAGUAUCCAUUUGAAUGCUUUAUGAUAAAUGAGUUCGGAGGAGAACAGGGAAAAUCGAGAUGUUUAGAAAGUACUGAAGGUGUAUGCCUAUUCUAUGGUGAGCAAUUCCUGAAAAAGCAAGGCUUGAAGGAGUCACAGAAAUGGAGUAACUUAGUUUUGAUGUUGGUUUUCAUAUUAGGUUACAGAUUUGUAGGUUUUUUAAUUCUAAGGUAUAGAACUUACAUAAGCAGAAACUAA